CCGGCCAGUCGUUUCGGUCAAUCGUUCAAAGUCGUUAUCCCUAUAUUCCUUCUAAAUUUGGAAUAAUAUCUAAUUAUAAACUAAACUUGAAGAAACCUACGAGUUUGAGUGAAAAUCAAAAUGCGUUCUUGCGGUCCGAGUUUAAUAAAAUAUGUUUUGUUUGCUUUCAAUGUUUUGUUUGCGAUCUCCGGAUUGGGAAUUCUUGUGGCAGGUGCCAUUGUCCUUGCCGAUGUGAAUGAAUUUAAUCACUUUGUGGAGGGUCGUGUCCUGGCCCCACCGAUUGUCCUAAUCGUUACUGGUCUGGUUAUAUUCCUGAUUGCGUCUCUGGGAUGUUUCGGAGCGAUCAAGGAGUCACCAACGCUGCUCUUGACAUUUGCAGUUCUUCUGGCCGUCAUCUUCAUCGUGGAGCUGGCAGUGGGCAUUGCGGCUAGUGUUUUCAAGAAGGAUCUGGAAAUGAUGGUGAAGAACUCUCUGCAGGAAUCGAUCAAGCGGUCAGAUAGUGAGGAUACCAUGGCCUGGGACAACAUCCAGCGAAAGCUGAUGUGCUGCGGUGUGGACACUCCGGCGGAUUGGAGGGAGCUCAGUGCUAACAAGACUCUUCCGGCCAGCUGCUGCCAGCCGCAGUUUAUUGACACCACCGUGGGACACUGUCGGGACUCGCCAGCUCUGGGCAAGGAUAAGUACUACCAGGACGGAUGUGUGGGCAAGCUAAAGGAUCGAAUUGAAAAGAAUGCAAUUAUCCUUAUCGGUGUUGGUAUUGGAAUAGCCUUCAUCCAAAUCCUCGGCAUCAUUCUAGCGUGCUAUCUGGCCAACUCUAUUCGGCAGGAAAGGGCCAAGUAAACACCUCCUAUAUGUAUCUAAAACUUAAAGAAACUAUAAACUGUUGAAAAUUAUUUGCGAUUCCAAGUUAAGAAAAUGUGUCAGUCAGAAAAAAGAAAACGCAACAAUUCAUCUCAAAGCUAUAACUUAUUCUUAAACAAUUCUUUAUCUCUUUCAAAACUAUUUCUUUUUCUA